CAGGGGCAGCCUGUUCACCGUUGGAGUUUGGCUCGGCAGGCAUUGAAAUUUUAUGAGAAGAUCCUUUGGUUCUUUGAACUCUCUGGGUCUGACCUCUGUGCUUCGUGACUCUCUUUGGACCGGCUCAGUUCCAGAUCCUCACAUCCUUUGGGUCAACCACAGACCGUCUAUUGUCGGUGCCUGUCUUCCGCGGAGUCAUCCUCUUCCUUCAGUUGUCAACCAAUCUUUUGCUCCGCGACAUUCGUUCUUCUCGACUGUUCUUUCUCAAAACUUCGGUGCCCUCCGAGACCUCACUGUCACAUACAGAAUCCCUUCCAGAUCUCCCUCCAGACAUUCCGUCGUUACCCCAUCUCGAUAUCUUCACCACAACACCCGAUCCAGCAACUCAGUCGCCAUGUCCGACGACGAAGCCGAUCCCGAGUUGGUUGCUCUUCUCCGCAAGACCCUCGGCCUGGGAGGCUCGCCCGAUCCACGCACGGCCGAGACCAAGGUCCUGCAGAAUGCGCAGUACAUCUUCGACAAUGCCAUCGACGUGGCCUUAAAUGCGGCCAAGACGAAAGAGGCCGCCGAGACCAUCUGGCAAAUGAUGCAGAAGAAGGAAUACUCCACGCAGACCUGGGCUGAGCAUGAACUACACCCCAAAGCCAAGGACGAGCGCACCGUCGACUUCAUCUUCACCAUGGACCUUCUCAAUUUCAGCUUCUGGUCGGAACUUCCGAGCGACAAGCGCUUUGCGAUCGAGUACCGGGGCAAGAAGUGGACGGGAUAUUGGAGCUUGGUGGCGGCGCUACAACGGGCUCUGGAUGAGGAUAUCCCAAUCACUACCCCUGAGUUCUGGGCAAACGAGGAGGAAUGCACCGAGGAGGUCAUCAAGCAUGUGUUCCGGUCUGCCACUGAGGAAGAGAUUCCGCUGCUUGAGGAGAGACUGCAGUGCUUGCGCGAGGCUGGCCGAGUGCUAUGCAGGGAAUACGAAGGCAGCUUCUUGAACUGCAUCUAUAGCGCCAAUUAUUCGGCCGCGGCCCUUGUGAACCUCGUGACAGAAAGCUUCGCCUGCUUCCGGGAUGAGACCACGUUCAACGGCCGGAGAGUACGGAUCUACAAACGGGCCCAGAUUCUGGUUGCGGACUUGUGGGCUUGUUUCAACGGCGAGGGCUUCGGCGAGUUCCACGAUAUCGACACUAUCACCAUGUUCGCAGACUACCGGAUCCCUCAAAUGCUCCACCAGCUCGGCUGUCUGAUGUACUCACCACCCCUGGAAUCCCACAUCCGCGACCUGAAGCUCAUCCCCAGCGGGUCGAACUGGGAGACCGAACUCCGCGGCACCAGCAUCUGGUGUGUGGAGCUGAUCAAGCGGGAGAUCGAGCGCCGCCACCCGGAAGUGAAGACCAAGCCCAUUCAACAAUCCGAGCCGAAGCCACCCUCAUCCGCCAACAGCUCCAAGCAAAGCACUAAGCAAAGCACGAAACCUGAUGAGCAUGAAGAGACACAACCACCACAAAGCUAUUUCACCGAAACGGCCCCGAACGACGACGCCGUCCAAAGCAAGUCGGCGCGGGGCAUCAACGCCAUCCUGAUCGAUUUCUUCCUCUACGACACGAUGAAGGAGUUGGAGAAGGACGGGCAAGAAUCUAUCCCGCACCACCGCACCCGGAGUAUCUGGUACUGAUACUUGAAGCCCGGGCUGUUUUGCUUUCUGUUGCGUGACUCCACAUCUGUUGAUAGAUACACUAUACCCACCUUUUUCUCAUCGUUGUUGUCCGGUUCUUGCUGGAGUUUUGUCGCUUCUUGGAUGAGGCAUAUAGACGUUAUACAGAAU